AUGGAGCCCCUCCUCCUCGGAUCUCUUCCAAAUACUCUCCCCCAGUUGUGCAGAAUGUUUUCUCUUUUGUUCACGGUUACUUUUAUCUAUUGUAAUAUAAUAAAGAGCCUGGGAUCAUCGCUGGAGGACCCAGAGCCAGAUGAAGCAAGAGGAGACGGAGGCGAAGACAAAGAAAAGCAUCUUGGCACGGUUCGUUUUAAUGGGGGAACAACAAACCAAUUGUUCAAUCAGACAUGUAGACCUGUAGCCGGCGGCAGGCCUAACUGCGGACAGCGCCGGUACAAGCUCGUCCAGCCUGCCUGGCUCAAAGUUGGAAAUAUGAAGGCGAUGCUGCGUGGUUUCCUGCUGGACAGCGUGCCACUCACCGGAAGCCGGCGGAGAAGGCGGAGGGACGAGCUCCGGCUGCACACGGCGCAGGCGCACGCUGCCGUGUCGGUCGCGGGCAUCGUGUCGGCGUGCGACCUGAGGCCGACGGCCUCGGCCAGCACUAGCGAUAGGCGGCUAGGCACGGUGCUCGCAUCCGCCACGGCGCUGGUGGCCACAGUGUGCGCUGAGGCCGCGGAGACCGCCGGCGCCAACCGCGGCCGCGUCACGUCGGCCGUGAGGACCGGCCUCGAGAGCCGCUCCUCCGCCGAGCUGCUCACCCUCACUGCUUCCGCUGCCACAUGUAGCACCGGCAAACCACGCCCAAAAUUUAACGUGACAAACUCAGAAUGA